GUAGACUUGGAAAGGAAAAUUCUAUUGCAACAGGAAUAACGCAGAGAUUUGACGGGUCGGGAUAACUUCUGACGCAAUUUUUCCGUGAGACUUCUUUUGAAGAAUGGUAUAAUGGCUAUGAGCUAUGCGAAAGCCUUAUCGCCUUACGAGAAUAAAGGUGUUCUCGGACUACCCGAGGUUGUCGACGAUCAUCAUGAACUGAAGCGAAAAGUGAGUCAGCUUGCAGACUUACUUUUGGCGAGUCGUUGUUGCGUGCUGCAUACAGGAGCUGGUAUCAGUACUGCAGCAGGUAUACCGGAUUUCCGCAGUCCCAAGGGAUUAUGGACUCUGGAAGCACGAAACGAACCGAUCGAUGAUGGGAAACCUGGACAAGGAAAGAGAUUUUGGAAAGCUGGGAUUUACAACAAAAGAAAGAAAAAAAAAACAAGGAACAGAAAGGAAGAAAAGAAGAACAUUUGUUAUUACUCAAAAUGUGGACGGUUUGCAUAUUCGUUCAGGAUAUCCAUUGAAUCGUAUCGCUGAACUUCACGGAAAUGUAUUCCUGGAAAAAUGUGCUAGAUGUAGGAGAAGAUAUUAUCGGACUGUACCAACUGGAAGCAUCGGAUUAAAACCUACCGGAAAACGAUGUGAAGGUACAAAUAAUGGACGACCUUGUCGUGGGAUGCUGCACGAUGUUUGCUUGGAUUGGGAAGAUCCACUACCAGAAGAAGAUCUUUGUGCAGCAAAUGAAUUUGCAAGAAAUGCCGACCUCAGCAUUUGUAUGGGUACAACACUCCAAAUAACUCCUGCUGGUGACCUACCGCUUCUGACCAAGAAAAAUGGUGGCAAAAUGGUCAUCAUUAAUCUUUCGAAGACAAAACAUGAUCAGAAAGCCGAUCUCGUAAUUAAUGGGCAUGUGGAUGAUGUCAUGAGAAUGCUGAUGACUACAAUGGAUAUCGUUGUUAUACAGAAUUUUAAUCCUAAUUUCGUUGUGCCUUUUUCUAUCCAUCCACUAGAAAGGUUUACAAAAAAUAGGAAGCGACGGAAGCUGAAGCAGGAAAAGGAGGAAUAAGAAGCACUGUGAACUGUAAUGGACGAAUGAUGUUGUACUUUUCACUUUAAACGACACUGAUAAAGUUAACUAUUAGUCUGGCCGUAUGUAUCUGUGAUGGUUAAGUAACGAGCUCAAAUUUUUGGAGUCAUCUGAUCAUGAUUCAAGCAUCUGAUCAUUCGGAUAAAGCCCACGCUGAAUGAAUCAUAAGCUUCAGGACCAGUAAUGUGGGACGCAAGUAGUCAAUCACAAAGUGGACUAGUUACGAUCCAAAUCAGAACUGCGCACUAAUAUAAGGAUAAAUAAUCCAGAGCACUAAAGCGAUAGGAAUUCCGGUAUAAUUCCAGUAAAAUCCAUCACAUGUUUCGCGUUUCAGUUUUUCAUGUAAAUAUUUUAACUCAAACUGUAUCAAAUAAAUAAUAUUGAAGUUG